UGCAGUAAGGUCUGGUAUAUAAAGGGAACCAUCAUGGAGUCGAUCAACAUCAUUUGCCUGAACCCGACAUCAGAAUGCGUAGCAAUACCGUUAUUCUUGUCUCUGUCAUCGCCUGCUUGCUACCAAAGUUAAGUCUCUGUGCUAAUUAUGGGGGCAACACACAACUUCAGAAUGGAUACGGUUCUACCCAAUAUCAGGACACCCAGUGGAGUGGGAAGACAAACACAAACUAUGAUACCCACUUACUAGAAAACCAUUACAAUCAGCUCUACCAACAACAGUUUUACCAAGGCAAUGCCCAGCAAUAUCCCCAGUCUCAGUAUCAAGGCGGCUUUACGGGGUACGGAAAAACUGGUUCUCAAAAAGGGUUCUAUAAUUCGGGUUACAGCGGAAGUUCGUACCCGGCAUCCUAUGGUAAAACUUACUCAGGGUACGGGAAACAGAUGCCAUACCAAGGUCAAGAUGUCGCCGUCGUUGUUCCGCCUAGUACCGGCUUUUCCAGUCACCCUGGAUGGGCUGAUUCUGGAUUUGGAUACAAUGCUGGAUUUGGAUAUGGAUUGCCAUCAGCUGGUUUUGGAUAUGGUAAUAGUAUCCCACAAAAUGGAUACGGUUCUCUGGGUUCUCCAAUAUCCCCAUAUUUAUUUCAAGGACCUUCUUUAAUGGACCAUGCCAUGGGAUUUCUCAAGACUGACACAGGGAAACUAGUAGGAGCAGCCGCCCUCGGAACUAUCUUAUACAAAACUCUAGGGUGAUCUACCUGAUCUCCGGUGAUGAAAAUGCAACCAGUGUGCCAAAUUAUUUAUUGUGUGUGCUGUAUAUUAAAUAAACUACACUUAUAUAGAA